ACUAACAGAGGCCCAAUGCGCGGGAGCGGGGCUAGGCGGGAGCAGCCGAGCGCCGAGCGGGCCGGGGCACCCAUGGCAGCUAUGGCGUUGGUGGGGGGGUUGCGGCUGCUGCGGCCCCGGCGUGGCGUGUGGGAAAGCCCUAUGUGUAACCAGCACCGAGCAUUGGGGUCUUUGCCAGAGGAAAAGAAAGAAUUUUUGCGAAAUGGGCCUGACCUGCAGGAGUUCGUCUCUGGAGAUCUGUCCGACAAGAGCACAUGGGCCGAGUAUAAAGGCAAUUUAAAACGUCAGAAAGGAGAAAGGCUGCGGCUUCCUCCUUGGCUGAAAACAAAGAUUCCCGUGGGAAAGAAUUACAAUAAACUAAAGAAUACCUUGAGAAGUUUAAAUCUUCAUACGGUAUGUGAAGAAGCACGCUGUCCCAACAUUGGAGAAUGCUGGGGAGGCGGUGAAUAUGCUACAGCUACAGCUACUAUUAUGCUGAUGGGUGACACAUGCACCAGAGGUUGCAGAUUUUGUUCAGUAAAGACAGCAAAAAAUCCACCUCCACUGGAUCCCGAGGAGCCAUACAACACAGCAAAGGCUAUAGCUGAGUGGGGCUUGGAUUAUGUUGUGUUGACGUCUGUGGACAGAGACGAUAUGCCUGACGGUGGAGCAGAACACUUUGCAAAGACAGUCUCUCAUCUGAAAGAAAGGAAUUCGAAAAUCCUGGUGGAAUGCCUCACUCCUGACUUCCGAGGGGACCUGAAAGCCGUGGAGAAAGUGGCGCUAUCGGGACUAGAUGUGUACGCCCACAACGUGGAGACGGUGCCGGAAUUACAGAGGAAAGUCCGUGAUCCCCGAGCCAACUUUGAGCAGUCCCUGCGUGUGCUGAAGCACGCUAAACAGGUCAAGCCCAGCAUCAUUUCUAAAACCUCCAUCAUGUUGGGGCUCGGCGAGAUGGACGAACAAGUGUAUUCAACGAUGAAAUUAUUGCGGGAAGCAGAUGUAGAUUGUUUGACCCUAGGACAGUACAUGCAACCAACAAAACGUCAUCUAAAGGUUGAGGAGUACAUAACUCCUGAAAAAUUUAAGUACUGGGAAAAAGUAGGAAGUGAUCUUGGAUUCCAUUAUACUGCUAGCGGGCCUUUAGUGCGCUCUUCCUAUAAAGCAGGUGAAUUCUUCUUGAAGAACUUGGUAGAAAAAAGAAAGACAAAAGCCAUCUGAAAAUGAGUGUGAACCUAUUUAAAGCAGCCAAUUUUAAGGAUCCUUUUCUUUCAGCGGAUAAUUAUUCUCAGUUCCAGAAACGCAGAAGACCAGAUGGUGGGUGUAUGAAUAAACUUACUGUCUGUCCAGAACAUGUUUCUCUCACCAAAACACUUAACAGUCUUACCCAAUUCCUUCUGUCAAGGCUACAACUACAAAGUACUUAUAGUGUUCAGCAAAAAGUCAGAAGAUAGAACUGAUUUUGCAAGAGUGAUGGAACUGACAUGGGAGAAAUGGAAGCUGAAAAAAAAAGCAGACAGAUUUAAGUAGACAGGUUUGAUAACUGCCAUCAGUAUCCCUGCUGUUAAUACUUGGGAAAAUGCUAAUAGGUAAUUUGAAAGGUACUGAUAUUUUGGUGUUAUCAUUAUGUAAGACAAUCAUGCAGGGGCUGUGGGGAAUAGAGGAGCUCUAAAGAAAGCUUGUGUACAUGACAGAGGACCAUAUUAGGGCUGUCUUGAACUGUAUUAACUGAAGCAGUAUCGUUAAUACUUGUUCAAGAGAUAGUAUCUCUUACCUGCAUCUUAAGAAAAUGAGCUGUACCAGUCUGAUAGCUGAUGCUUUUCAGGUGUUUGCAUAUCUCAAAGUGACACCUUGUGUUUACCAAGGCUUACGUUUUGAAGAAAACAAGAGCUCUCUGCACCAAGACAAUUAACCCUGUGUAGAUACCAUAUAUUUUAAACCAUAGGGAAAAAACAGAGUUGCUGUAACAGCGUAAAAGGAGCCACCCCUGGUUUGGGUAUGUGGCUGUAAUGAGUUGCACAGGUCCCUCUUUCGUACGGGUAUGCAGAGCUGCUGCUGUUCUGUACUGUGCUUAUAAGCUGCAGAUAUCAUCUUACCAUUAAAGUUAACAACUCAGCCCAAGGUGGUGGUGGCUGUGUCUGUCUGGACUGGUUACCUGGUCCCUUGAGACCUGAUCUGGAUGCAGAAAAGUGAACUGCAUUAUAGCUGAAGUGUGAAAUCUAUUAUAAUGUGGUACUAAGCGCAAGCAGAAAUAAGAGCAUGGCUUAUGGUG